AUGGCGGAAGAGCCAGUGGAUUCUGCUCCACCCGCCGAGUCCGCUCCACCAGUCGAGUCCCCUGCAGCCGUCCAGGCUGCUCCACCCGCCGAGUCCGCUCCACCAGUCGAGUCCCCUGCAGCCGUCCAGGCUGCUCCACCCGUCGAGUCCGCUCCACCCGUCGAGUCCGCUCCACCAGUCGAAUCUGCUCCACCUGUUCAGGCUGCUCCAGCCGUAGUGUCAGUUGCACCCGCCGAGUCCGUUUCACCUGUAGUGUCCACGCCACUCGUCGACUCCGCUCCACCCGUCGAGUCCGUUCCACCUGUAGUGUCCACUCCUCUCGUCGAGUCCACUCCACCCGUCGAUUCCGCUUCACCCGCCGCCCCUUCCGCGGAUGACUCCGCCACUCCGCUGCUGGCGGAAGAUGCCGGUUUGGGUGCCCAGGCGCAAAAUUUUACUGAAGGAUCGGUGAAGCUAGGAGGCGAGGUGAAAUCGGGAGGGGAGGGGGAGGGUAAAGAAGCGGGGGAGAAGACGGGAGGGGGAGCGGAGGGUCAAGGGGAAGGGGAGCGGCCCGAAUCAGGCGGGGGCUCUCCAGGGAGCGGAGCGGGGGUUCCGCGCAGCGCGGAUGAGAUAGCGGCAAUUAGCGCAGCGGUCGCCGCCGCGACAAGCGGAUCCGGCGGAACAGCGGAAGGCUCGGAGGUGAAGCGGGGGAAGGGCGGAUGGGGCGGGCUAGGAAGCGCGAGUGCGAAGAUAUCGCGCGUGCGGCUCGAAGACGUGGCAGAAGAAGGAGAGGUGCAGGGCAGCGAAGCUUCGCGUCUCAGCGCGGCAUCAGUGGGAGAGGGGGAGAAGGAUAUGCGCGUGCCUCCGCCGACUCCGCGCACUCCGCGGCCGGGGGAGGAAGGGUGGCGCGCGCGCAUAGGGCGCGGGGAGUCGUGGAGCGAGGCGCUGCUGCUUCCGCUGACGGCGGGGUUUUCGGACUUCGACGUGGUGGAUCCAAAGCAUGCAAGUAGCGACGCGCUCAUGCGAUGGCGCCGCAUGGCGCUCGUCAGAAACGCGACGAGGCGCUUCCGAUACACGGCGGACCUGCAGCAGAGACGAGAUCAAGAAUCGAAACCGCCCACUCCUAAGAUGUCUACCGGUCUCUCUCGUUUCAGAGGAGCUGCCAAGGCUCUCAAGGCAGUGGCGCGCUUCAAAUCAGCUCACUCUCCCUCCUCCCUUCUCUCCCCUCCAAAUCCCUUCCUUUCCCUUUCCGCCCCCUCAAAACCCUUAAUGAUUCCUUGUACCCAACCUCCCCUCUCCCCCCUUCCCCCCCUGCUCCUUCCUCCACCCCCGCCCGCUUACCACCCCGCAGUGCUCCCCCGCCUGUCAGACGCGGCGUAUAAGGCCGCGCGCGCGGAGGGCUUUGGCGUGAGCGCGAAGCAGCUGGCAGUGAUGGUGGGGGGCCAGGACGCUAGCGCGCUCGACUCGUUCGGGGGCGCGCAGGGGGUGGCGCGGCUGCUGGGGAGCAACGUGGCGGAGGGCAUAGGCGGGGGGGAGGGGGACCUGAUGCGCAGGCGCAAGGUGUAUGGCGCAAACACGUUCCCCGAGCAGCCUGCUAAGACGUUCGUGCAGUUUGUGUGGGACGCCAUGCAGGACAUGACGCUGUGGAUCCUGGCAGUGUGCGCAGUGGUGUCCCUGCUGGUGGGCAUCAUAACGGAGGGGUGGCAGGAGGGGUGGUACGACGGAGUGGGAAUUCUCAUGAGCAUUGUGCUCGUGGUCUUUGUCACAGCAACCAGUGACUACAGGCAAUCGCUGCAGUUCCAGAUGUUGGACCGGGAAAAGAAGAAGGUAUCGGUGGAGGUGGUGCGCGGUGCAGUGCGGCAGAAGGUGUCCAUAUACGACCUCGUGGCAGGGGACGUGAUUGUGCUGUCCACGGGAGCUAUAGUCCCCGCCGAUGCUGUAUUUAUUGGAGGGCACAGCCUGGUGGUGGACGAGUCGAGCAUGACAGGGGAGAGUGUGCCGGCGUACAAGGGCAAGGACGCGCCCUUCUUCCUGGCGGGCACCAAGGUGCAGGACGGCCAUGGCACCGCGCUCGUGGUGGGCGUGGGCAUGAACACGGAGUGGGGGCAGCUCAUUGCCAAGCUCACAGACAGUGGGGAUGAUGAGACGCCGCUGCAGGUGAAGCUGAGUGGAGUGGCGACGCUGAUAGGGCGGGUGGGGCUGUACGUGGCGUUGGUGGUGUUCGUGGUGCUCCUUGCGCGUCUGCUGCUCUCCACCAGCAUAUGGGACUGGUCCUUCCACCACACGCUGCAGGUUGUGGAUUACUUCGCAGUGGCAGUCACCAUAGUGGUCGUGGCCGUCCCAGAGGGGCUACCCCUAGCGGUAACCCUCUCCCUCGCCUUCGCGAUGAAGAAGAUGAUGAAGGACAAGGCGCUCGUGCGCAAGCUAGCAGCGUGCGAGACCAUGGGAUCUGCCACGACCAUAUGCAGUGACAAGACGGGCACGCUGACUGCGAACCAGAUGACUGUGGUGCAGGCGUGGGUGCUGGGACACGUGCGCAAGGUACCUCUGCUGCAGCCUCAGGAAAUGCGCGAUAUGGAGGAGUGGAAGCUCCCUGAAUCCCUCUCCGCCCCGCUCCUGCAAAACGUGUUCAUCAACACCAGCGGGGACGUGCAGCUGCCCACGCCGCCCACCCCGCCCUCCUCUGCCCCAGUCGUCCUCGGCACGCCCACAGAGCAGGCCAUUCUCACCUGGGGCAUGCACCUCGCCUCGCCCUCCGCUUUCUCCUCCACUCGCUCCUCCGCCACCAUUCUCAAGCUAGAGCCUUUCAACUCGCAGCGCAAGCGCAUGGCGGCAGCGGUUCGCCUGCCUAACGGGGGCGUGAGGGUCAUGUGGAAGGGCGCUGCGGAGAUUAUUCUCGCAAGCUGCACCCAUGCAGUGGUGGGGGUAGCGGCAGGGGAAGGGAAAGGCGACGGGGAGGGAGAGAAAGGGUGCUCCGAGGCAGUAGUAGCGCCUAUAGAUCUUGAUGCCUUGGGGAAGAUUGUGGAAGAAUCAGCUACUGCAGCGCUGCGCACUCUAUCUCUGGCGUACAGGGAUUUGAGUGCGGAGGAGGUGGAGAAGAUGGGGUUGGUGAAGGGAGGCGAGUGGGUGGCGGAUGUGGCGAUUCCGGAUGAGGGGUUGACGCUGAUGGCAGUGGUGGGGAUUAAAGACCCGCUCCGCCCUGAAGUGACCCGCUCUGUCAUGCUCUGCAAGCGUGCGGGGAUCAUGGUGCGCAUGGUAACGGGUGACAACCUGAGCACGGCCAUAGCCAUCGCACGGGAGUGUGGCAUUCUGACAAGCGAGGGCGUGGCGGUGGAGGGUCCCAAGUUCCGAUUCAUGAGCGACGAGGAGCGGAAAGAGCUCAUACCACGCCUGCAGGUGAUGGCGCGCUCAUCCCCCACGGACAAGCACCUGCUGGUGUCGCUGCUGAGGGAGAUGGGCGAGGUGGUGGCCGUCACGGGGGACGGCACCAACGAUGCACCCGCUCUGAAGGAGGCCGAGAUUGGUCUCGCCAUGGGCAUUGCAGGGACGGAGGUGGCGAAGGAGAGUGCGGACGUGAUAGUGAUGGACGACAACUUCUCCUCGGUGGUGAACGUGGCCAAGUGGGGGCGCAGUGUGUACACCAACAUCCAGAAGUUUGUGCAGUUCCAGCUCACUGUCAACAUCGUUGCUCUCAUCACCAACUUCGUCUCCGCCUGCAUCACAGGCACGGCCCCGCUGACAGCAGUGCAGCUGCUGUGGGUGAAUCUAAUCAUGGACACUCUCGGCGCUCUCGCCCUCGCCACCGAGCCCCCAAAAGAGUCCCUCAUGCACAUGAAGCCCGUGGGGCGGCGCACGCCCUUCAUCACGCCCUCCAUGUGGCGCAACAUUGCGGGGCAGGUGGUGUUCCAGCUGCUCGUGCUCGCCCUGCUCAACCAGUUUGCGGCGCCGCUGUUUGGGCUGUAUGGGCCGCUGGCUGCUGCUACCAAGCGCACGCUCGUGUUCAACACGUUUGUCUUCUGCCAGCUGUUCAACGAGAUCAACUCACGGGAGCUGGACGAGGUGAAUGUGUUGCACGGCAUGCACCAGAACGUCAUCUUCCUCGCCAUUCUCCUCUUCUCCACCGUCUUCCAAGUCUGCCUCGUGCAAUACCUCGGCAAAUUCGCCUCCACCGUGCCGCUCACGCCGCUGCAGUUCGCAGCGUGCAUCUUCAUCGCGUCGCUGAGUCUCCCUGUGGCAGCAGCAGUGAAGCUGAUAGAGGUGCCGCAACAGUCUGUGGUGGCUAUGGAGAGGCUUACCAGCAGCAUCUCGGCGCGCCUGCAGGUGUUUUUCCCUGAGGAGGGGAAAGCGCAGGAGGCAGGGGCUGGGGCUGGGAAGGAGGUUCCGGUUUGCUCUCUUUCACCAUGCCAUGCUACCAUAUGCCAAGGUGUAAGCGAGAAGCGGCCAGCAGAUGAGACGACUAUGACGUGCGGUGCCAACCUGCUUUCCGAAAAUAUAACUCUCAUGGCUGACGGCAGCCAAUCGAUCGGCAGCGGCGGCGGAUCGUACCGGCCGGACGGCGGCGCGGAGGCGUCAGGCGGGUUCGACGGUUAUCAAGAUCAGGGUGGCGGCGUGCAUGUGGUAGGUGGAAUUGGCGGCGUCGGUUUAUCUUCCCUUGAUAAUACCUCUCAUCAUCUCACUAACAUCGGGAGGCUGGAGUUAGGGUUAGGAAAUAGUAAUGUCUCUUUGCGCACCGGCGGUGGGCACGGCAUGACUCACGGCGUGGGUCACGGCGGUAUUCAGGGCUGGGGACAUGGCCGCGGGGCAGGCGUGCCCGCGCACUUUGAGUCCGGCUAUUCCCGCGGCGCUAACCCGGGUGAUGCUGCUGACGCGCGCAUGACGUGGCCUGCGUCAGCGCCGAAGGCAUGGUCCGACGACGGCGCGGUGCGGAACAAGAUCGCGUCUUCGCAGGCGCGCGGCGAAUCCAGCUUUCAGAAGCACAGCGCGCCGGCCGCGUUUGGCGGGAGAGGGCCACUUGUUUCGUCUAACGUAAGCAUGGACUUGCCUAGCAGCAGGCACGUGAGCAGCGGAAGGUUCGACGGCGCCGCAGAUGGCGGAGACGUGGGAAACCGGGGCCCGGGGGGACCGGGGGGUUACCGCGGACACGUGCGGAUGUGGGGAAAGGCGGAGCAGCAGUCGGCGGGGCAGAGGGGCGGGGGCGCGGAACAUGGGGGGAGGCAGGGGGAGAGGCAUGCGGAAAGGCUUUCCAGCUGGGACGGCGGGACGGGCUUGGGACCGGGGUUUCGCGGGGAGAGGAUGGGGGCGCGCGCGUGCGCGCUAGAGGCGGCGGAGGCGCAGGCAAGGGACGAUGGCGCAGGGGAAUCGGGGGACUCUGGUGAUAUGCUCGCGCAGUUCGAAAGGGGAGCCCCAGCGCAGCAGCAGAAACAGCAUCAGAUACAGCAGCAAGAGCAGCAGCAGCAAGGGGAGCAGCAACAGCAACAGCAACAGCAACAGCAACAGCAACAGCAACAGCAACAGCAACAGCAACAGCAACAGCAACAGCAACAGCAGCAGCAGCAGCAGCAGCAGCAGCAGCAGCAGCAGCAGCAGCAGCAGCAGCAGCAGCAGCAGCAGUUACAGCAACAACAGCAACAGCAGCAACAGCAACAGCAACAGCAACAGCAACAGCAGCAGCAACAGCAACAGGAGGUGGAGCAACAGGCUGAGAGUAAGAAGAGCUCGGUCGCAAUCAACAGCGGAGCACAGAGGGGCGUGAGGAGAAGUCGGGGCGGCGGUGCGAGCGGGGGUAGCGGAGGGAGCGGAGAUUUUCGUGUGUACGAGGGUGGCCAGAGGCAGGAGCAGCACUCGCAGGGGGUGCAUGUGGUGGGGGGGGCCAAGGCAGGAAGAGUGGGGCAAUGGGGCCAGUGGGCAUGGGCUAAGCCUGCUAGCGCCGUCCCCAGCAGCCCCGGAACCAGUCCCCGCGUGCCACUUCAUAGGCCUUCUUCCCCGUCCUAUCCCUCCCUCCUCUCCUCCCUCCCGCACCCUAUCUCCCCCCACUCCCCCACCCCCACCCUCCCUCCUGCCCCCAUCUCCCCCCCCUCCCACAGGUAUCCAUGUUUCACCUGGGUAUCCAUGUUCCACCUGGGUCAGCCCCCUCCACAGUACCACGAUCUCUGCCCGCCCUCAGGGGCCCGGAUCCUCUGGCGCUCGCCAGACACCUCAGAUGCUUUCGAGCCACCUCAAGCACGCACAGCAGAGGGGCCGCCGCCCCCCUCCUCCUCCGCUUCUGCCGCUGCUGCGGCGGCGGCUGCUGCUGCUGCUCCGGCAGCUUCUGCUGCUCGCUCUGGCCUUGCCGCUUCCGCUCGUGCGCACCUUGAGCACCGUUUUCCGGAGGGGUUGUCGUUGUCGUCUCGUGCUGCUGCUGCUGCUGCUGCUGCUGCUGCUGCUGUGAACAUGGAUGGGAUGGGUGUGGGGCAGGGGGACCGGGGGGGGGUGAGUGUGGGGAAACUCGGAGGAAGCAUGGGGAAUGUGGGUGGUAUGGGGAGUGUGGGGAGUAUGGGUGGUGUGGGUGGUGUGGGGAGUAUGAGGAAUGAGCCUUGGCAAAAUUCUGGUGCUGCUGGUCAAGUGGGGGGAAUGAGCAGUGAAGGCGGGGAGAUGGGAGGGGGAGUGGGAGGGGGAGUGAAAGGAGGGGGAGGUGGAGUGGGAGGGGAAGGGAGAGGAGGAAUAGGGUUACCAGCAGCAAUAGCAAUAGCAACAGCAGCAGCAGCAGCAGCAGCAGCAGCAGCACCAACAGGUGCAGCAGCGGCAACAGCAGCUUCCGGUUGGGAGCUGGAAGCUUUGCUUCUGGUGAAUCGGCAACUGAAUAGGCAGAUGGAAGAAAUGAAGGAGCAGUCACGGCGAGCAAAGGAAGAAACGGAUAGCUUAAGAGCCAAGGCAAGCACAGGGGAGCAGGGAGGCGAGAAGGGAGGAGCGAACGGAGGAGAGAUGAGAGAGGAGAAGGGAGGGGAGAAGCGAGCGGAGAAGGGAGGAGAGAAGCGAGGGGAGAGAGCGAGGGAGGAGCGGAGGGAAGGGCAGCAGAGCCGAUGGUUACAGCCGGCAAUCCAGAGAAUGGAGAAUCAGAUCGUGGUGCUGACGGGGCGAGUGCUGCAAGUACAGCAUGAGCGAGAUAACCUGCAGCAACAGCUGAGGAAGAUGAAAGAGAAGGUGGUGGGGUUGGAGCAGGAGAAGGGGCAGCUAGAGGCUCAGGUGGCGGUGCAGAGAGAGCAGUUAGAGCAGGUAGCGCAGGUGGGGAUGAUGGGGCAGAUGGGGCAGGCAGGGCAGAUGGCACCGAUACAAGCAGCAGCAGCAGCAGCAGCAGUGGUUGGUGAUGAGAUAGAGAGGGACGAGCAGCAGCAGCAGCAGCGGCGAGGGCAAGGCGUUGCGAUGUGCCGUGCGAACGCUGGUACGGAUGCUGAUGCUGAUGCAGAUGCUGAUGCUGAUGCGGUGACUCUAGAGAUGCUGCAGAACCGGCUUGUGCAAGGCAGGGCGUCGUUUCUAGAGGGUGGGAGCAGCGGGAGAGAGACACGUUUUGAGGCGCCUCAAAACAGGGCGUCGUAUCUAGAGGGUGGCAGCAGUGGGAGAGACGCAUGCGGGCAGGAAGGCGGGCUGGUGGCUGUGGCAGCGGGUGGUUCGAAGGGAGUGAGAAAGGGAGAAGGCAGAGAUGGGGAGGUGGAGGGGAACGAGGGCGCGGAUAAAGGGGAGGGGAGGCGGGGGGUACGGGAAGAAAAGGUGGGAGGGGGGAGAGACGGAAGAGGGGGGAUGGAAGGGGUGGAAUGGGGAACAGGGGGGAUGUUGGGCACUCGACCGGGAGGGGCUGUGUGCGGGGAAGGAGAGUUAGCUGGGAAAGUAGUCGGUGCCAAGGUCUUAACUGGUGAAGGUCGUAGCUUGGGCAUGUAUGGGGAUGGGGAUAGGAGUGGGGACAAGUGUGGGGACAAGGGUGGGGACAAGGGUGGGGACAAGGAGGGAGGCUUGGAUAUGAACAGGGCAAUUGUGGGUUCGGACCACAUAGAUCACAUGGGAGGUUCGGUGUCUCCUCUUGUUCACCUCCCUGCCUUCACCCAUGCCAACACGCAUGCCAGCGCCCCUGCCACUGCCAACACGCUUACAAGUGCUAAUAUUCCGCUUGUGGUAAUGGGUAUUCCACCUGCCGCGCUUGCUAGUCAUGCGGGCAUGGCAGGGGGCAUGUGGGCCGCUAUGCAGCAGCACAUGCAGCAAGCCCUCUCGUACAUGCAUGCCCUCUCGCCGCUACUGCAAGGGGAGAUGCAUACGCACGGGGAGGAAGGCAAACAGCAGCCAGCGGCAGGAGGAGCAGCAGGAGAAGGAGCAACAGCAGAGCCUGGGCGUGGUGAAAGCAACAGGGUGGGGGAUGCUGCUGCUGCUGCUACUGCCGCUGCUGCUGGUGCUGGUGCUGGUGCUGCUGGUGAUGGUGAUGGUGAUAAUGAUGUGGGGGAUGUGCAUUUGCAGCUGCUGGCUUUGGCACAUGACCUUGCCAUGGCAUGUGCGUUGCUGGGAAGCCUGCAGUCCAAGGCGCUAGUGGCACAGGAGUGGGUUGGUAGGAGCGUGAGUGUGGGGAGUGCAGCAACCGGAGGAGGAGGGGAGAGAGGGGCAGGAGGAGGGGGCAGAGGAGGAGGGGGCGCAGGAGGAGGAAGAAGGGGAGGAGGAGGAGGAGAGGUGGGAGUGGGGGAGAGAGAGAGGGGAAGGCCAGGAGUGGCAGGUGAAGGGGAGAGUGGUGAGUGGGGGAGGGGAAGUGGUGUGGGCAUGGUAGAGGGAGGGACGGCAGGGGGGACAGCAGUGGCAAGGAGUGGGCAGAGCAGCGGUUGGACUGGCGGGGCAAGACCAGGCAAAGAGGAGUUGCGUUGGUGGGAGGGGCAGUUGUGGGCAGGUGAGGGGGCAAGAGACCCGGGGGCUCGUAAGCGCAAGGCAGGGGAGGGGGAGCAGUUGCUGCUCUUCAACACACAAGGGCUUUUGCAGUGGGGAGGGGGGACUGGUGGGGGGGAAGGCACAGGCGUUGGCGGGGGGACCGGGAGAGGUGGGGGAGAGGGGCGGGAUGCAAGGCAGAGGCAGAGGGUGGAAGGGGGAGGGGACGUGGAGGGUGGUGGUUGGCAGGGGAGGGCGAGUGUGGGGGGGGAGGAGGAGAUGGAGUUGUGGCAGGAGCUGUCUCGGAUUGAGCAGAUUUUGAAUGUGGGGGAAGCUGGGGGGAGAUUUGGAUUUGCUGGUAGGGUAGGCAAGGGAGAGGAUGUGAGGGAGGGGGAGGGUGCUGCUGUUAGGACAGGAAUUUGGGGCGGCAGAGAGGGUGGGGUGCAUGUGGCCGAGGGCCUUCGGAGGCUAGUGGGGAGGGUUGAGGCGGUUGUGCUGAGGAAUGCAGAGCUUAUGGCAGCCAUGGAUGCCAUGGCUGGAAAGAUCACUAAUGGAACACGACUUCUCGCCUCCCCAGAGCUCACUCCCUUUCCUCAGGCCAAGGCCAGCUCACUCGAUUCAUUCACUGGCUGGCAUCCCUGCCUCCCAGUGCCACCUCAGCACAAGCUUCCUGAUAUUUCUCUCCCCGUUCCCAAGCAUUACGCCAUGAGAGCUUUGGAUAUCCUCACUCGCACGAAGAAAAGCCGUACACCUUCCCCCCUUCCUCCUUCGAAGGCGUCCCUACCCCCAACCUUUUCCCAACCCGAAGCCCAAUCCCCUCGAAUUCCGCCGCCCUCCUCGCCGCAACUCCCGCCGGCAUCCCCGCGUCUUCAGCCGCACCCCACGGGCAUCAUGACGCGCGAGGAAGUUGAGGUACGCGCACUCGGCGUCAGCGCGUAUCCCGGUUCGCGAGAACUGCCGUUCCAACCCGGUGCGCGAUCCGGUCUAUCAAUCGAUAAAGCAGGCACGGAUUACUCUGGUGUGAUGGUCCACGUGCCCAAGGACUGCUCUUCCACGAGCGAGUUACAGCAGCACCGCGACAACCUUGCGAAACUCGCGCCAGAGCUCGUCGCUCCCCCUUCUCCGCCCAAGGUCCCCGUCGUAUCCGCGGAGGACCUUUCCGAGCUUGAAAUCACCUCGAUCUUGGCGGAUUGCCGAUCUUCCGACACCUCAAGGCGGCUCCAUGGCGCAAGGACGCUGCGCGCGCUGUCCAAGGAGUCCGACGCGCACCGCACGCUGCUUGUCGCGGCGGACGGGGUGGUCGACGAACUAAUUGAUCUACUAUCGGAGCCGAGCGAUGGCGUUUCGGAAGAAGCGGUGAUUGCUCUCUUGAAUCUUACCACAAGUGAUUCCAAUAGGCGGCUCCUCCCAUCCAAGAUCCUUCUCCCCCUUGUUCGCGCGCUUGCCAGCGCUGCUCAACCUAUGGUUGUUCGGGAAACCGCCGCCGCCGCCAUUUUCAGUCUCUCGGUGGAGGACGACGUUAAAGUGGCCGCCGGCGACGCGGGCGCCGUUGCGCACUUAGUAGAGAUCCUGCGGUUCGGCUCGCAACAGGGCAAGCGCGACGCGUGCAAAGCACUCUUUAAUCUUUCCAUGGCUGGAUGCAAUAAGACGCGCGUUCUGGAGGCGAGCGGUGUGCCAGCUCUGGUAGAGAUUCUUACCCAAUGCAACGGCGGAACCGCGGAAAAGGCGGCUGCAGUGCUGGCGAACGUGGUAACGGUGGAGGCGGGACGCGACGCGGUGAUGGAGGAGGAGGAUGCGGUGCUGCAUCUGGUGGAAAAUCUCGAGGCGGGCACGCCGCGAGGCAAGGAGCAUGCGACGGUGGUGCUGUUCCAGCUGGCAUACCACAGCGAAGCCCAUCGGACGGCCAUCCUUGAGGAGGUGGUGAUUCCUCCGCUCAUCGGGAUCACGCAGACGGGCACGGCUCGUGCACGAGAAAAGGCAAAGCAACUGCUUUCUAUUCUCCGGAAAACUGGUUGA